CACAAACUCACAAACAGGACACGCAUUCAGUAGAGCAAUGGGGAUUGACAAGAAAAGAAAGCGCUCCAAAGAAGAGGAGCCAACGAUUACCUCUGGAGGAAGUAGAGCGAAACGUGUGGAGGUGAUUGAAGAAACUUCUAGAAAGAUGGCCGAAGUUAUCAGUGCCAGCACCGGUAGUAACAUGAGGAAUAGCAAGGAAAGCAAGGAAGACAAAAAGGAAAUAAAAGACAAAAAGAAUAAGAAGGAAAAGAAAGAAAAGAAGAAGAGAGGGAAAGAAAAAAAAGAGAAGAAACGUAUCGUUUCUGAAUUGCCUCUAUCAUCACUUCACAGCGAAGCUGAUUCUGAUACUACAACAAGCCUCGGCAUGGAUAUGGAUGUAGAUUUAACCCCUACAGCCACUACAGAGGAACAGAGAAUUAUGAAAGCGCUUACUGAGGUCAAAGAGACUUCUGAUCAAGGGAGAGAUUCCAAGAAAGCCAAGGACAUGAUACUGGUCAAGUCAGUGAAAUUUAAUUCAAAGGAUGCGCCUCCGACACUUGUCAUGAACACUUCAAACAUCACGGCUGACCAUAAUAUUAGCAGUAGCGAUGACUCGGGUGAUUCAAGAAAGGACAAUGAGAGCGGAAAGGAUGGAGACAAGAAAAAGACUAAUCAACUCAAAUUGGAUGGUUUGACAAAGAAGGAACGGAAACUUCUAAAGAUCAAAGAGAGACAAUUUAACAGGAAAAGCGAAGGAGAUGGUGAACCUGCUUUUAUACUUAAAGAUGGUCACGAUCUAACUUUGGGGGAGUUACGUGACCUUGUUGUUUUUAUCCUGACAGAGACCCCAUCAUUGCCAUGGAUCCAAGUUCUCAACAAAUUCAAAAUUGAAAAGGUUUUAUUACUUUACAUCUCAGGCCUUGACCCAAAACUGUUUCAUAUGAAUGCAAGAUCCUCAGAUGCGCACAAGUCCAUCGCAUGGGCCCAGCGUGCAGACACCCAUAUGGGCCCCGUUGAAGAAUUUGAACAUCUAAGAGAGUAUUUUGACCGGGCUAAUGUUGUCAAAGCAGCUGGAGACAAAUUCAGAAUCUUUUCGCCAACAAAUACACUGUUGAAUGUACCACUGAGUAACUCGGAGAAAGUCAAACGAGAAAAGGAAAAGGAAAGAAAAGAAAAAAGCGCAGGGAGGAAAACAAAACCAGAAAACUAUAUGAUGUCGUUGGAAGAGCUGCAGGAAAAUAAGUUUCCUCUGCCACGAUACCUUCUUGAAGAGGCAUCGAAUCUGGGUGAAGGUUGGAUUGAGACACCAAAGCUCAAAAAGACCACAUUAACACCUCCUCCCAAGACAAUGAUUGCCAUAGACUGUGAAAUGUGUAAAACAACAGCUGGUACGGAGUUGACGCGUGUGACUUUGAUAAAUCAUGAAGGCAAAGUCAUCUUAGAUGAACUAGUGAGACCAGAAAACCCUGUAUUGGAUUAUCUUACUCAAUACUCAGGCAUGACCGCUGCGAAGCUUGAAGGUGUCACCACAAGGCUAGUAGAUGUUCAGAAGAAACUGAAAAAAAUCAUCAACUACAACACUAUUCUUGUGGGCCACUCUCUUGAGAAUGAUAUGACUGUGUUAAAGCUCGCUCAUCCAUUCAUUAUCGAUACUAGUUUAAUCUUCCACCAUACUCGUGGACCCCCAUAUCGCCCUGGAUUAAAAUGGUUAGCACAAAAAUGGCUGCAACGUCAUAUUCAAGAUAAUGUAGAGCGAGGACAUGAUUCUGCAGAGGAUGCGCUUGCAUGUAUGGAUCUUGUUAAGCUCAAGUUGUUAAAACCUAAAGGGUUCGGCGAAUAUGAACAAGAUCAAGAGUCACUGUUCUCAAGAUUGCAUCGGUUCAACACCCUGAGGACCUCCGCUUUAGUCGAUUCAGACGCUUUUGCGGGACAGUCCGCAACGACUACCAUCCGGACUGCAAGUGAUGAAGAGGUUGUGAAGGCUAUUCCUGAGGUUAUUCAGAAACACAAUUUUGUGUGGGCACGUCUAAGAGACAUUGAGAUUAAUCAUGGAAAGGUUCCUGAACAAACUCCAGUAGAAAGGCAAGAAGUAGACAAAGGGCGGGGUGCGAAAAUUAGCAGUGCGGACAAGAUCCAAGCUUCAGAGGAAGAGAUUCGUGCAGGUAUUCGAUCUAUUGACAAGAGCGUGAAGGCGAUUAUGGACUCACUGCCAUCACGUACUGCUGUGAUUAUUACGAGUGGACAAGGUGAUCACCGCGAAGUGUCGAGGUUGCAAGCAAGGCAAAAGGUGUUUCAAGAACUGCUUAAGCAGAAAGGUUCAAUCAAUGAAGUUCCACAGCAAAACCGCUUUCUGGAAGAGGAUAUGCGCAAGCUGGAAAUAGCUGUAGAAGAUGCAAAGGGUGGUAUUUGUCUUUUAACAGUAAAGAAGUAGCGAGAAGAAUAAAAUUGCACCAGAAGAAUG